UUCUGUAUAGGUAGCGCCUCUGUCGAAUAACCCACGAUACGUGGAAAGCAGCGUGAGUUUUUCUGCUUCUAUACAACAUGUCAAAUUACUGUUGAAUUUAUCUUAACUAUCUGAUGCUAGAAAUCGUAUUUAUUACGAUAUCAGUCUAUUCUAAUUCGCAAUAACGUUGAAACGGGCAAAAGUUCGAUUAGACAUUUUUUGUUCAUUUAUUGAGAAUCAGCGUUCUGCAUAUGCACGGCACGAUGAGCACACCAGCUCAGGGCCAAGUUAAACCGAGAAACGGCGUGGUUAAGCAGAUCAUUUCAGGAGAUACUAUUGUAAUUCGUGGACAACCGAUUGGAGGACCCCCACCAGAAGUUACUAUAACCUUAUGUAACAUAACCGCUCCAAAAUUAGAACGCUGGAAAACAAAUGAUAGCGUCGAAGAAAGUAAAGAUGAACCUUAUGCCUGGGAAGCAAGAGAAUUUCUACGUAAAAAACUUAUCGGUCAAGAUGUUACUUUUACAACUGAAAAAGCUGUUAAUACUAACAAAACAUACGGCACUGUUUGGCUGGGAAAAGAUAAAAAUGGAGAAAAUGUUAUAGAGUCUUUAGUUUCCGAAGGCUUAGUUAACGUUAAAAAGGAUACUCGCAAUCCUACAGCCGAGCAAACACGGUUGAUCGAAUUAGAAAAUGCUGCGAAAGCAGCUAACAAAGGCAAAUGGUCGGAUUCACCAGGUUCUGUACACGUACGUGACGUUAAAUGGACCGUUGAUGAUCCUAGAAAAUUGGUAGAAAAAUAUGGCAAGAAACCCGUUAAAGCUGUUAUUGAAUUUGUUUUCAAUGGGUCAACUGUAAAAGCAUUUUUGUUACCUGAAUUUUACAACAUUGUAUUGAUGAUAUCUGGUAUUCGAUGUCCUGGUUGGCCAAGUGGACGACGGGAUGCUAAUUCAGGUGAUCCGUAUGCAGAAGAAGCAAGGUAUUUUGUAGAGUCCCGUCUUCUACACAGAGAUGUCGAGAUUAUUCUCGAAUCUGUGAAUAACAACAAUUUUGUUGGAAGCGUUAUUCAUCCUAAAGGAAAUAUUGCGGAAAUCUUAUUGAGCGAAGGUUUUGCAAAGUGUCAAGAUUGGUCUAUAAACAACAGCAAAUCUGGUGCCGAAAAGCUUUAUCUUGCUGAAAAAGCUGCUAAAGAGGCACGAUUACGUUUAUGGAAGGAUUAUAAGCCGUCUGGUCCGCAAAUCGAAUUUACUGGUACUAUCGUUGAAAUCGUAAAUGCAGACGCGUUUAUUAUCAGGACACAAAAUGGGGAAAACAAAAAAGUAUUCUUAAGCAGCAUUCGACCACCAUCCAGAGAAAAGAAACCUGGUGAAGAUACUAACAAUGCUACCAGGUCGAACCGACCUCUGUAUGACAUACCGUGGAUGUUAGAGGCACGUGAAUUUCUUAGAGAAAAAUUUAUCAGAAAAAACGUUAAAGUUGUAGUCGAUUAUACGCAACCAGCAAGAGAUAAUUUUCCAGAAAAAUUAUGUUGUACAGUCAUGUGCGGAAAAACAAAUGUUGCAGAAGCAUUAGUUUCAAGGGGUCUUGCUAGAGUGGUGAAACAUAAGCAAAGCGACGAUCAACGUUCCUCUCAUUACAAUUUGCUUCAAGUUGCCGAAAGUAAAGCAGAAAAAUCACAACAUGGAUUGCACGCAAAGAAAGAUAUUCCAGUUCAUAGAUUAGUAGAUCUUUCCAACGAUCCCUCUAAAGCUAAAGCAUUCUUAACAUCGUUGAAGAGAGCCCAAGGAAUUAAAGCUGUGGUUGAAUUCGUCACAAGUGGUUCACGCUUGAAAUUGUUUUUACCAAAAGAAGAUCAAUUAAUAACAUUCGUAUUAGCUGGUAUUAGAACACCUCGAUGUCAGAGAUCUUUACCUGGAGGAGGUAUUAUUAAAGCAGAUGAAUAUGGAGAUAAAGCUCUAGCUUUCACUAAGGAACAUUGCUUCCAAAGGGACGUAGAGAUUAAAAUUGAAAGUACAGAGUCUAAAGGAAGCGGUUUUAUAGGAUGUUUAACCGUUAAUGAUAUUAAUAUGUCUGUUGCUUUGGUGGAAGAAGGUCUAGCUGAAGUAGUGACUUUCCCUGAUUUAGGUGAAUUUACUAAAACGCUUAAAGCUGCGGAAGAAAGGGCAAAGUCUAAAAAGCUUAAUAUUUGGAAGAAUCGCGUCGAAGUGCAAGUUGAGAAUGAAAAGAAUGAAGAUGAGAAAGAAGUUGCUGAAAGAAAAAUAGAUUAUCAAGAAAUAGUUAUUACCGAAGUAACAGAAGAUCUUCAUUUCUAUGCUCAACACGUUGAACAGGGCAGUUCGUUGGAAAACUUACUUUCACAAUUACGACAAGAAUUAGCUGCUAGUCCUCCACUUCCUGGUGCUUAUAAGCCUACGAGGGGUGACUUGGCAGUAGCCAAAUUUACUGGCGACGACCAAUGGUAUCGCGUUAAAACAGAAAAAGUAGCAGGCACAAAUGUUAGUGUAUUUUACAUUGACUAUGGUAAUAGAGAAACUAUUAAUGUAACACGAGUCGCUGAUUUACCUGCUCGUUUUGCAACUGACAAGUCUUACGCGCACGAGUACACACUUGCAUGCGUUGCUUUACCAAACGAUAAUGAUGAUAAGAAGGCAGCUGUGCAAGCAUUUAAAGAGGAUGUAAUGGAUAAAAUAUUAUUAAUGAAUGUUGAGUACAAAGUAAACAACAAUCUUCAUGCUGUAACUCUCGCUGAUGUAUCUACAAACGAUGAUAUUGCCAAAGGGCUCAUUGCAGAUGGACUAUUAUUGGUUCACAAACAUAAAGAUAAGAGACUUGGAAAAUUGAUUGAAGAAUAUGCAAAGGCGGAAGAAGAAGCUAAGCAUAAUCGUCGUAAUAUCUGGGAAUAUGGAGACAUUAGAGCAGAUGAGGAUAAAGAAUUUGGAGCGUAAUCGAGCUACUGAAAAUACUGAGAAAUAUUUCCGAUCAAA